AUGUCAACACUUCGUCAACCACCGGCAGUCGUCCCCGGGUCAACUUCCUCUUCACCUACGCUCGUCACUUCCCCUCAAUUCCUUCGACCCAACUUACCUGAUCCAUCAUCCUCUUCCCUCAAUCGAGUCACAUCGGCAGGUUCAUCAUCCCAACAUGCGGCAGGUAGGAUACCUUCAUCCCGACCUACUGACUCCAACUCGAGGAAAUCAAGUUUUAAGGUUUUAUCCAGGCAAGGGUCACUGAAGGAUAAGGACAAACAGAAGCAUGGUAGGGAGGUAUCGAACCAAUCGGAAUGUAGUGAUGAUGGAUUUAGAUCACCUCUAUCAGAAAGUGGAAGUGCUGACGUUAUCGAAACGGGUGCUGUGAGAGUACAAAAGGAUCAUGGGUCCGGCAGAUGGAUGAUCAAUCAAUAUAGAGUAUUACGCGAGAUUGGGCAUGGAACACAUGGAAGAGUACGAUUGGGAGAAGAUCUAAGUGCUCAAUUACCGAUAGACGAGGGAGGAGAUGUCGGGUUGGGGAUAUCACAAGGAGGACCGUUUUAUAUAGUUGACCGGAAUCCGAAAAAGAAACGUCUAACGGGCUUGGGCAGACAGAAAGGAACGAAAAGUGGGAGAGAUGGCGCCAAGAUGCUCAAUGAGUCUGAAAUUCGUAAGGAGAUUGCCAUAUUCAAAAAAGUGAAUCACCCCAACGUAGUUAGGAUGAAGGAGAUUAUAGAUGAUCCAGAGUCAAGUAAGAUCUACAUGAUUAUGGAAUGGUGUAAGAAUGGAGAAAUACGCUGGAAAGAAGCCGAAGGAAGUCCCGCUCUGACGGUUGGAGAGACAAGAAAGAUAUUCAGAGAUACUCUAUUGGGAUUGGAAUAUCGAAUUAUUCAUCGAGAUAUCAAACCUUCAAAUCUACUGCGAGCUGCCGACAAUACUGUCAAGAUAUCCGAUUUUGGUUGUUCGCACUUCUCAGAAGCUCUUAGAGCGGCAGCUGCUCAGCCAGGUCCGGAAGGCGACGCUUAUGUAGAUGAUAUUGAAUUAGCCAAGACAGCUGGAUCACCAGCAUUCUUUGCUCCUGAAAUGUGCUACUCUGGACUAGAUACCGAUAUCUCUCAGCGUAGCACGAGCUCACCGCAGUCGACACCGAUGACCGAAGUUCCUUCUUUCACUCUCCGACCUCCAUCUUCCAUCGAGACUCGCUCAAGUCAAUCGGAUCCCUCGAAUCUAGGUAGUAGCAUACCCCUACGUCCGACACUUAGUAACGAGUCCGCCUUUUCCCGCCGUCCACCUUCCGCCAGAUCACAUUCUUCUUCUGCUACCAUCCACCGAAGAGAGCGAUUGCCGAUAACCAACGCCAUCGAUGUUUGGGCGUUGGGAGUAACCCUCUAUUGCUUGUUCUUCGGUAAAACACCCUUUGAUGCGCCGAAUGAAUACCUUUUAAUGCAAGUCAUCCCAGUGCAGGAUUAUGUGGUCCCACCAUUCGUAGGGAAAGAUCAUAUACCAACGGGAACGGGUGGUCUACCUGCUUCUGAAGAAGCUAAUGAAGGUCUAGACUUGUUACGAAAGUUAUUGGAGAAGGAUCCAGCCAAGAGGAUAACCCUGGAGCAGGCUAAAAAACACCCCUUCACCCUUCGAGGUAUUUCUGAUCCCACUUCAUGGCUCGCCAAGACGGAUCCUCACACACAAACUUUCGUUACGGUAUCCAAUGACGAAGUUGCUGCUGUCAUUACCAAAUCGACUGGUUUCAGAGAUCGUUUCCGUAAAGGUAUCAAGUCGAUAAGUCACAAACUUCAGCUGCUGAGUGGAUCAAAUCGAACGAGAAGCAGGAGUAUCGGCGAAACAGAUUCUCCUGGAGAACCUCAUCCUCCCACGUCCAGUCAUCUAGGUACACCACGAAGUUCAAAACUGCUAGGUCUGGUACCGUCAAGUCGAGAUGUAUCGCCAAUGACUAGUCCUCUCCCUGCUCCUCCCGGUUUAUCUCGUCGUCUCUCCCUACUGGGAUCGAAGCUACUUCCUGGAGAGAGUCCUCAACCUCAAGGUGCUUCACCCAACGUGUCCGGCCAUACAUCCCCAGAAUCAAGCAGCGAAGUUCCCAAUCGAACUCCUUCUGUCAGUUCCAUCCAAUCUGCACCGGGCAGAUCGUUCAUGGACCAACGCAGACCUUCGACCCACCUCGUUCCUCCAGCCCCAUCUACGAUGGUCCCUCUCGCUGCUGAUGAUACCCCUAAAUCACCUCGCCCUGUCGCAUCUUCCAGUUCACUCGACAAGGUCAAGAACGCUUCUGAUAUAUCUCCCAAUAGUAGUCUACGCCGUAGAGGGUCAGGCGAUAUUGAUACGAUCAACAAGGAGAUGGGAUAUCGACCGAGAACUCACAGUAAUGCUUCAAGCAUAAGUAGUAAACUUGCGAGGCUACUGUCCAGAACGGGAUCUCAACGUUCACGUCGUCUACAGGAUAAAGAUAGAGAAUUAUUAGCUGCGUCUGAUGUAGAAGAGACUGGUGUAACGCCAUCCGCAGCUUCUUCUUCACCUGCCGAUGCUCUGGGCCGUAUGAGUUUAGACGAGAUCCCCCGGAGGAGCUUGGAGACAUUCGAAUCCGGUUCGUAUAGUUCUCAACAGAGGGCUUUCGCACCUAGUCCAGAGAGAGGUAUAGGUAUGUGGAAUUGGGAUAACCGAUUACGUGCUGCGCCUCUACGUCGUGGAUCUAACUUAUCAGAGGAAUACACACCGACGAAAGCUGCUGGUCGAGAUGUGGUGGAUGAAGAGGAAGUAGAUUGGAAUGGAGCUAUAUCAGAUGAUGAAGAAGAAGAUUACGGUGAUGAAACAAACAACGAUCACAACAAUAAUGAUAAUUUAGAUAAUUACACGACUACGAAUACUACUGGCACGACUACUUCAUCUUCAUCAAGGAUGAAUUUCAACCAUUCGACAUUAACACCUAGUGCACCCAACUUACCAUCCAAUUGGAGGAAAACAACAAGAGAUGGUUUGUUAGGAUUGGAUAUUCCCCAAUUACCUCCGAUAGCAACUACGACAAGCAGUCAACCUGUUCCUGUGGCUGCUCCACCCACAUUGGAUCCUAUACCUGAUGGAUCACCUUCGACUAGUAUAUCAUCAUCUUCGAAACAACCUACUUCCAGUACCAGUACCACUUCUACAAGUGCAAGUGCUAGUGGGAGUGGUAGUGGGAGUGGGAGUAUCAAUAGUAAUCCUAUUAAUAUCACGAAUGAUACGAGUACCAAUUCGAUAAAUAAUCAAUUACCACUUCAACGUACUUCCUCGAGAAAUAGUACCCAUUCGAGUUCACGUAUCUCACAAUCGCAUUCACCGUUCCGUUCGUCGUUCUUACAUGAACGUGCAAAAUCUCCAUUAGGUUUACAUACUCAUGCGGACUCCCCCAAAAGAUUGAGUAGACAGACUUCUGCUUCGGUAUUUGAUCUUCAAGACGAUGAAGACGAUGGCAAUGGGGAUGGGGUGGAUGAUAAUGGAUUGGCUAUUACUAUUGGAGGUAGAAGAGAAAGAGGUAGAAAGAAUUCAAUGUUAAGUAAUAGGUAA